UAUUGGAUGCACUUCUCUUUCUCCAUCUCGAAUUGGCAUUUCUACGUUCACGUCAUCAACCGCCUCAACAACUCAUAAAUCCCCUACCAUAACCCUCUCCUAACCUAGGCAUACGAUGCUCCUACCUUCGCUAGAAUCAAUUGGGUGCCUCAUUUAAACCCUCUUUCUCCUCAGCUCCGCUCUCGCCUAUCUGGUUUAUCUGAGCAAUCUGGCGGACCGAUCCCAGUUUCAUCGAUAUGUCACGCCUUGGCAGCAUCAAGCGCGAGCCGAAGGGCUCAUCACCCACAAGCAUCCCGUCUAGGACCAUGCCGCCGCCCUCGCCUUCUCUGAAAAGGAAGCUGCCGCAUGAUGAAUUCACCGACAGCCAGUCCGUCGCCAACUCAUUCAUCCGCUCCCAUGCUCCUAGUGCCGAGACAUGGCAGCGGAGGGAAGAGGACGCCGAGCCCAUGUUGAUGGAGGUGAGAUACCGGCCUGGCAGUUUUAUAAGCGGCCCACAGGGUUCGCCGUCCCAGAACGUGGACACGAGCUUCGCUCACCAGAGCUUUGCCCAUCCCACCUUCACCGACAUUGGGAUGAAAUUGAAGGCCUGCAAUGAUACCCUGGGGGAUCUUCAGACUUUAGGUGUAUCUCACGUCGCUGCUCUACCCGAGUUAGUCCUUGUGGGUGACCAGUCGGCUGGAAAGUCUAGUCUCAUGUCCGGCUUGGCCCGCGUCAACCUGCCGCGGAGCGCUGGCGUGUGUACUCGCUGUCCGUUGCAUAUUCGUCUGAUCAGUAGCAACCUUGAUCGUUGGUCCUGCACUGUUUCUCUCCAGCAGGAUUACGACUUCCAGCCCAUCCCUGGUCGUAAGCCUAAGAAGUCUGAUGUCACCAAUGCAAACCCGUUUCCACCAUGGGUUAAGAUGACCCACCGUGACAGCAAGACAUUCAAGACUAUCUUCGACCCAUCGGAAAUCGAAGAAGUCCUGCGCUGGGCGCAAGUUGCAAUCUUGAACCAUAACCGGAACUAUGAACAAUUCAUUCCUGGCGAGGGACCGAUCGCGAAGGAAAUCACACUUGAUGUGGCCGCUCGUGACACGGACGCGCAGUUUUCACCGAACAUCGUUGCGUUAGAGAUCAAAGGGCCCGGCCUGCCAGAUCUCAGUUUCUACGACUUACCAGGUGUUUUCAUAUCGCCGGAGAAGGAAGAGGACGAAUACAUAGUGAAGGUCGUGAGGAAUUUGACCCGCGAGUAUAUCUCACGGGAAAAGGCUAUCAUCAUGUGGGCUCUCCCUAUGAACGUCGAUUCAGAAAACUCCAUCUCCUUAGGCAUCAUCCGCGACGCCAAGGCGGCAGAUCGCACGAUCGGCGUGAUGACGAAGGCCGACCAGUUGCCCCAGCAGAAUAUUCCCAGUUGGCUCGCCAUGUUCCGGGGUGAGAAGCAAUUAGUUGGCCACGGCUUCUUUGCUACAUCGCGGCCGCCAGAUCAACCACUAGAGAAUGCUACUAAGUGGGAGGAACUCUUUUUCAAUCGCGAGGUUAGCGGUAGCAGCGGGUGGCCAAGUGAGCUCGUCGACUUCUCAGACCGCUGUGGCGUGGAGGUCUUGCUUGAGUACCUUUCGCGGCAGCUCGGGGAUGCCUUUGCCCGAAGCCUCCCAUCCAUCAAGGAUAUGGUAUACACACGUCUUCAAAUGAUCCAGAAGGAGCUGGCGGAUCUUCCAGAGCUCCCGCAAAACGUUGAGCACGAAGUUAAAAAAAGCCUAUUCCAGUUUCUUGGUCAGAUGAAAACCGCCAUAAAAGGGACCGAAUUCUCGUCGGAGUGGAACGCACUCAACAACCACUUGCAGGAGUGCGUGUUUAAAAUGAAACCGACCUGCAAAGUCAAGGAACCUAGCCUCCUCACAAUAAACCUCGUAGACGAGGCAUCAACGAGCACGCCACCAAAACCCAGACCAAGUGACUCGACGAUGCGAGGAUCCACCACACCCAGCAGACGCCAGCGCCGAGAGGAAGUGAGCACGCCCGUGAAAGAAGAAGCCAGUGUGGCUCCGCUCGUUUCCCGCGCCUCGUCCGUCGUUGGAACUAUGGGCACGGAUUCGAGCCCGUUUACUAAGUAUUUCAACCUCGGCCGAUGCGCAUUGGACAUCAGAGACAUCCGCAGCGAGAUUUUAAGAAAGAAGCGACCCGGCAUGCCACGUGAUCUAGUCCCGGAUGAAGUGCGUGAGACAUUAUGUAUGGACGCGGUUAAGAAAUGGGAAGGACCACUCGAGACGUACAUUAACAAGACAGCCGAGCUUCUAGAAAAGACUGCCACCGCCGUUCUCGAUGAAUCUCUGGGAUCACUACGUCGUCGCCUAAUAUUCCGAGAAUGUCAAGAGUGUUUGAGGCGAUUCAUUGGCGAAGCCGUCGCCAGCCAGAGGGCUCGUCUCAUGGAGAUGUACGAGUCCGAAACUUACCAAUUGUACAUGAUGAAUGACGAUGCCUUCAAUCGGUACAAGGUGCUUGAGAUGGAGCAACUCCGCCGCGUACGCUCGAUAUAUAGGCUAAAAGCCUUAACCCUCUUUGAAUGGGACUACAAGGUUAAAAAGAUAGAAGAGAUGACGGAAGACGAAAAGACAUGGGAGCGGAAGAAGAUUGAUAGCCACAUUCCCAAGAUUGGCAAAGACCCUUAUGAGACCGAGCUCGAGGUCGCAGGUUUCGUUCGCGGCUACUACAUGACGGCUGCUGUUCGAUUCGUUGAAGGCAUCACCAUGAAUGUGAAUUCAAAUCUCUUCCGGACAUUCAGGGAGACACAGCUCGACCAUUCUCUGGAUGAGAAGUUCAAGAUCUAUAGCCACUCUGAUCCUAGUUUGUAUAGCAAAUUGAUGGAGGAAGAUGAGAGAACUGCGAAGCGGAGACAGCAACUCAAGGGGGAGAAGGAAAAGUUGUUAAAAGCUAUGGCCCGAAUCAACGAUUUAGAAGGGUCCUCUCAUGAUGCGCAUCACAGCCAGCCCACGGUGGUUGCCGUUAACUCCGACAGCGACAUGGAAGAUGGUGUGUUGUAACCGUACUAGACAAGUGGCGCCUAGAAAAGUCAUGUCGUCGGCGGACCUUUCUUGUGAGGUUGUUUGGGAUCUCUUGUCCCCAAUUGUCGCAGUGGAGGCGUAAUUGGGUAUAAUGACAAAAUAGAUGUCAGUAUAACCCUCCACCUCCCCUCUACUGUGUAGUAGGUCUUCAACUCCACAUAGCAUAUCGUUGAGGGAAGAAUAUGAGCCAGAGCUGGUACUUCGUCGUCCCCUCCUCGUUACGCGUCUCCGCAAAUAAAGGAACAUUCCUCUUUACCUAAACAGAAACCGGGAGGCCAUCGCGAUUGGCUACGUCUGUCUGGGUCUGGCCAAGCUUCCCCCUUGGGUGACUCUUCCUGUUUCAUCCCGGCUUUUGCCAAUUCAACCGCCCGGCCCUUUUCUAGUCCGCCACUGCCAGCAUGACCUAGCCCUUGCUCAGGCAUGCCUUGCGUCCAAUAGCAAGCGGACGACGGACCAACGUCCAAGAUCAUAUCCAUGCGAUGGAAGAUGUAGCACCGAAGUCUAGAAUAAAUCACCAGUAGCGUCGGCCUCGACGGGCAACGAGCAGGGCGCACACGCUCCCCAGACCCGUUUUGGGCAUAGCUGAAUGUUUUAUUGUCGAGGGGCGUGCCGAGAGCGACAACUUACGGCCCGUCGU